AUGAGUGCAUCGAAUGAACCUAUGGUGAACACCUUGUCGGGAGGCGAGGCUAGUCCGAUGGAAAAGAACAAGUUCGUGACCGUUACUACUGGAGCAUACACCCGGAUGGUUAUAAUAGGUAUAGGUUACUUGUUCCCUAUCUCUGCUAUUUGGGCAGCCUUCGACUACUGGAAGACCCUAUUCCCUGACAAGAACAUUGAGUUCGUGGUCACUUGUCUGUACCAGUUCGGUUCGGUCAUGACGGUCCUCAUCCUUUCCUUGGGCAAGUCUAUGAAGUUCCAUCGACGGAUCCUGGGUGGCUUCAGCGGACAAUUCUGCUGCUUGUUCGUCAUCUUUCUUUUCCGUUGGUUGGGACUACCCGCCGAGGUCGUUUAUGACAUCUUACUCGGCCUAGUGUUCUUGAUGUCUGUGGUGACUGGGUUUUUGGAUUCCGCUUUACUAGCUCUGAACUCGCAAUAUUCGCCCAAGAUGCAGGAGGCUCUACAGAUCGGCAUCGGUUUCUCUACUUUUGUGUCUGUCGUUUACCGAGACAUUACCAAGCUUAUCUCGACCUCCCAGGCUGACUCAACAUCCAUCUACUUUUUGGCUGCUCUCGCAACGGUGGUAGUUUGUAUCACAAGUUACGUGUCUCUCAUGAAGAUGCCGAUCUCUGCUCACAUCCACGAGGACGAGGUUUCAUCCAGCCAGGAGACUCUACUGGAUAAGAAAGAAGAAGAGGAGGUGGACAUUUGGAAGGUUCUCCGCAGAGUGUGGUUCAACGAGCUCGUCAUCUUCCUACAGUUCGUUUUGACUACGGCUUGCUAUCCUGCUGUAAGUCCUAAGCCUUGUGCGUUGGAGGAACCAUCCGCUCGUCGAAUUUCCAUCAGAUCCUCACUGCUAUUCCUUGCUAUACUUUAA